AUGGAAUCAGAACCACCAUCCAAGAAAUGGGUUAUCGCCGGAAUCCAGUUCAUGACUCCAUUGAAGCCGAUUUACACAAAAAAGGAAACCGAAAAAAAACAUGAAGAUGAUGACGAGGCAAAGGAGUGUUGUACGACUCCGACAUCUCCGGAAUCAGUGAUUCCGUGUUUGUUGAAAUGCCCGGGAGCUCCGAGGAAAAGAAAGGCGAUUUCCAGAAGCCACUGUAAUGACGUUAGAGAUUACUUCAAACCUCCGGAAUUGGAAAGUGUGUUCAUACGCUUUGUUGAAAGGGCAUAA